GAUAUAAAAUGUUUUGUGAUUUUAAGAAGGCUUAUUAUGGCGUUAGUGAAAAGGAAAAUAGCAAUAGCAUCUCAUUAAAUGAAUUUAUCAUUAUUGAUUUGAGGAAACAAAACGAGCGUCUCAAAACCACAGUUCAAGAUAUUACCAUUAAGGCCGAAUUCGGUGCUAAUGUCCCAGCUAAUACCAUGGCAUAUGCCCUACAGAUUUCGGAUCGGAUGUUUAACCUUCAGUCGGAUGGUUGUAGGUUUGAGGUUGUGUUAUCCACUCAUGCUGGAAAGCAGUUAUUGCUGUCAUCCUAG